CAACCCACUCGCUGAUCCCUACAACACUGCAUAUGUGGAGAGCAUGUUUAAUCCAAGACACUGGUUGUCUAAAACAACUGACUGGUACCAAAGUACACAAGAUGACCGACAGAAAUUGCCAAACUAGACUCGGAAAAAGCCUUCCAGUUCAUCCUUGGUAUAAAGAAAGACUUCACAUUAAGUGUCUGAAAGACCCAGUUCACAAGCUCAAGCUUUCCGAUGCCUUGAAUGGACACAGAUGGCGGUUUUUGACGGCAGGACUCAAUGAUUUUAGAGAUGGCUACCCUGUACCACAAGCAGGGACUUUGACACAGCCGCAUCAUGGAACCGAAGCUGUUAUUUUUGGCCAGUCUCGUAAGCCAAAGAAAUCGGCAACAAGGCGCUUUACCAAAGAGCAGGCAUGUUUCUCCAAAAAGAACUGUCUACGCGAGACACGUAGACGAUUUGUGGAUGCAGUGGAGCAGAGCCUGAGCACACACCCGCUUGCUCUUUAUCCACAUUUAGGAAGUGGCAUGACACCUGAGCUGUUUGAUGAGGUCUUGUCUAUCCUGGACCCAGCAAUGCAUGUCAGGAUUGAGACACCUCUGGCCAAACAAGAGGAAUGUAGCAAAGAAAAUCUAGUGCCAUGUGAAGGCCUUAUUCAAGAGACAUUACCAGAGGAAACAACAGAAUCUCCUAGCAGUCCAAUGCAGGAUGAGGAAAAAAACAGUUCUUGGAAUCCCUAUAAAUUGAAGGAAGCUAAGAACAUUUUUGCCAAAGAUGAAGAAAUAAUGAUCAACAAAAGCCUGCACGUCUCUUCAAUGGAUGAAGAAAUCAAUAGAGUCACCAGGUUGUUCUGUGACUGGGUCACCUCACUGGGUCAGGAGAGUAGUGACAUCACAGAGACUACAAUCCUGAACCUGUUCACUAGUGGUUGUGAAAAGAAGACAGGCUUAACAUUCCAAGAUGUUGGAACCAUUGAAAAAACAGAAGAGCUGCAAAAAAAAGACUACUCAUACAACCAACAACUGAAAGACUCUGAGCUUAACAAGGUGUACAUACCUAGUAGUAAAACGACAUAUGGCGCAUGGUAUUUAAACCCUAAAACAUGGAAGAAGCGGCCUCUAAAUGAGCCACUCAGAGACCCAUCAGUGACUAAAGAUUCUGAGCUUCAGCAGCAACCCACUGAGAAGGAUGAAGAACUAAAGCAGAUUCAUGGAGCUCAGGCCUUCAAGCAGUUCAUCAUCACUAAAGGAUUAAGAGUUCCCAGGUUUCUCAGUUCUAUUUUUUUGGAGGAAGAGCAGGAGAACAGGACCAGAGUGACAGUUGCAACAGCUUCAGCAGUCACAUGCCCACGAAGUAGCAUGCUUUAAAUAUACCCCAACUAUCAACUUUCCCGUGUUGCAGCUGAG